AUGGCUACCGAGAAAUUACAGACAUACUCACAGAAGCCUCGCGUUUUCAUCUUGUCGGACAUCUCGAAUGAGCCGGAUGAUGCCGAGUCGCUGUGCCGGUACCUGUUGUAUGCCAAUGAGUUCGAGACGGAGGGUCUGGUAGCUUGCACAAGCACAUGGAUGAAGAACAAAGUGCACCCGGAAGACAUGGGGAAGAUUAUCAACGCAUAUGCCGACGCCGUGGAUAAUUUGAACAAACAUGUACACCCGAACUGGCAGUAUCCAACGGCACAACAUUUGCGUGGGUUGAUUCGCAAGGGCGCCGAGACUUACGGCAUGUCGGCUGUUGGCACAGACACUCCACUAUCUCCAGGUGGACAGCUGCUGUACGAUCGAAUCGUCGCACCAUCUACCCAGCCAUUAUGGAUUCUUUGCUGGGGCGGAACAAACACACUCGCCUCGGCACUACUCAAAGUAGACGACGACUUCGAACCUGAAGACUCCAAGCGCUUGCUCUCACGUCUACGCGUCUAUGCCAUUUCCGACCAAGAUGACACAGGUGCAUGGAUCCGCAACAACUUCCCCGACGUAUUCUACAUUGCUUCCAUUCACGGCUGGAAUCAGUAUGGUCUGGCAGCAUGGACCGGCAUUUCUGGCGACAAGUACUACGGCUUCGAUGAAGGUGGGCCAGAUUUCACCAAGAUGGAAAAGAGCUGGAUCAAGGAGAACAUCCAAAUCGGGCCACUCGGAAAGGCGUACCCUGACUAUCUCUACAUCCCGGAAGGAGAUACCCCAACAUUCCUCUACCUCAUCCAGAAUGGUCUGGGUGUACCUGACUGCCCCAACUAUGGAUCUUGGGGUGGUCGAUACGGGCGAACUGAUAUCAGCACUGAAGGCCUGAACAGCAACCACUACAGUGAUGUCGUAGACAGGGUUAAAGUUGGCGACAGGACGUAUACAUCCAACCACGCGACUAUCUGGCGAUGGCGCGAUGCUUUCCAGAACGACUUUGCCGCGCGCAUCAAGUGGAGCAUGGAGCCAGAUUUUGCAAAAGCAAAUCACCAUCCCGUGAUCAACAUCAGCGGCUUCAAAGGCUUAGCGCCUGUCCAGAUCACCGCUGAAGCCGGAUCAAAAGUCACCCUCGACGCGUCUGCUACAUACGACCCCGAUGGCGGAAAACUCACAUUCAAGUGGUGGCAUUAUCGGGAACCCACAGCGACGCAGUGGUUGGUUUACAGCGAGGUUGCGCAACUUGUUAUCAAGAAGCUGGAUGAUGACGGCAGGAAGGUUGAGGUAAGGCUUCCACCUCCGGAAAAAUGCGCGGUCGAGUUUUUGAGCAAGAAGCCGGUUGCUCAAGGUCAAUUGCUUCAUCUGAUACUUGAGGUCACGGAUGAUGGCACCCCGGCUCUGACAAGCUACCGGAGAGUGUUGAUACAGGCGACAAACAAGGAGCUGAAGGGAGGUGUAAAGAGUGCUGGUUCUACUGGCGACGCGAUGAAGAAAGCGUAG